AACAUUGCAAACGAGGGUCUCGGCGAAUCGAGGAAAACAUCGUGUCAAGAAUCUUGACGGCAUGAUGGCAGCCGCUGGCGUUGCAAAAUCUGGACUUCUAGAGGUACUUGCAAGGGACCAAUGGUGCCGGAUCUUAGCUACUCUUGAAGAAGAAACAUUGACAAUAAGUUUAGAGGACGGAUAUGAACCAAAUGGCGUCUCAAACGGCGGAGGAACGGGCCUCACAGAGCAGAACAACAACCCGAGCAAGAACGAUUCACUCCGCCAUUCUGACUACUUGCACGGUGUGCAUGGGCCCGACACAAUUCCUGACGCAAUUGCCAACCAAAAACGCAUCGUAAAAGUCAUCAAACAUGAAGUGGGAGGCUUGGGAGUCAGCAUUAAAGGAGGAAAAGAAAACAAAAUGCCCAUUAUCAUCAGUAAAAUAUUCAAAGGUUUGGCGGCAGAUCACACAGAAAGUCUUUACGUUGGAGAUGCUAUUUUGUCCGUCAACGGAGAAGACUUGCGUGACGCUACACACGAUGAAGCUGUGCGAGCGCUCAAGAAAGCCGGCAAAGAGGUGAUUCUCGAAGUGAAAUAUUUGAGGGAGGUGACACCCUACUUCCGUCGUAGUACCGUCAUUGGUGAAGUGGGGUGGGACACACCCUCCCCAUAUGUCAUCAAGGAGCCUGGUGCCAACCCACAAGCUACUCGUAACAACUUCACCGAGAUGCGCACCAUCCCGCUCAAACUCUGCUAUGUCACUUCCAACCUGACUGUCAAUGAUCCAGAGCGACGGACCAUUGAGCUACAUUCCCCAGAUGGUCGUAGCUCCUGCAUCCUGCGCUGCAAAGAUGCCACCAGUGCCGGAGAGUGGUUCAGCGCCUUACAGGCUAAUGUUUCAUUGCUAACCAUCCAGGCUAUUGCAGAGGCCAAUGACAUCCUGAGAGCCACGCCUGGUAGCCGUGAGAUCAAACACAUGGGUUGGUUAUGUGAGCAGGUACUAGUCAAAGAACUGACAAAUACGGACUCAGGCGGGUCGGCAUGGAAACCAGUCUUCGUCGCCAUAACAGACAAAGACAUCCUGAUGUAUGAUAGCGUCCCUUUCACUAGAGAGGAAUGGGGAAAGGCAUUUCUGGUCCAUGGACUUCUUGCAACAAGACUCUUGUACUCAGGGAGCCCUAAAGGUCUUGGUCCACGUCAUCAGGUAGAGCUGACCUUUGGCACACGAACAGGAACUCGAAAUGGAAUUGAGGCACAUCUCUUCAGGGUAGACACGAGAAGGGACCUAGGGGCCUGGACACGAUAUCUUGUUCAGGGAUCCCACAAUGCAGCUGUGCUGGUCAAAGAAAUUGUUUGUCCUGUCACAUGGCAAGGCAAAGAGACCAAACUCACUAUCCAUUACGAGAAUGGAUUCACGCUUACUGCCAAUCCUCAGGAGGGCCAGAACAAUAGUAGUAAAACUGAGCUGUGCUGGUCCUACCCUUAUGAGAAGCUCCGCUACUCGUCUGAUGAUGGCAAAAGACUUUUGUGGCUUGAUUUUGGAGCAGGAGAGGGCGAAUUUGAGUUAGACCUCCACACCUGUCCAAAGCCCAUCGUCUUUAUCCUACACACCUUCCUCAGUGCCAAAGUCACACGCAUGGGACUCUUUGCAUGAUGUGCUACACACUGCAUCCUGGGAUACAUGCCAUGGUGUGGGAGCUUUGCACAGGAUUGUGGGAUGUAUCUUUGAGGUCAUGGGUCAAUCACAUAGGGUGCACAAAUGGAGAAGGGAUUUAUGGGAUAGCUGAAAGUGAUGUUCAUCAUGAGAUGUCUGGGAAGUCGCUCUUUUUGGGGUUUGCCUGUGCAUCCUUGAAUUCUGCAAAAUACUUCACUCUGGGACUGUUGCACUGACUUCUGGAAUAUCUCCUGCUGACUCGGAGUUUUGUUGUGGCCUGUAACAAAAAGGAUCCAUCAUAUAAGAUUGUUAGGGUUAGGAAAAUACAUUUCAAGUACAUGCAAACACUUAGGUGUUCCAUACAGUAUGGUAGCUGUGUGGACUACACUUCUGAAAACCAUGUUGUGGAGACCAAAAAGGUUAAAGGGACAAUUUUUUGUCUCUACAACUCGAUGUCAACUUUCUUAACACAAGAAAUUGCCCCCUUAAUUCUGUAAUGACCUGGGUGAGGAGACUGUUACUGUGUGAAUAGCUACUUUGUAUUGGGAGAGUACCUGCUAGUGUUUACCUAUUGUUCCUGCAGAGACCAGAAUCAGUUGUAUUUGAAUAGUUGGAUUCAGACCUUGUACAGCAUUGUAGUAAUCUGACUGACUUAGAAAUCCGUGAGUGAAGGUUAUUUUGGUCAUCAUUUACCAGGUUUAUGUCAACUCAAAUGUAAAUGAUGGAAAACAACUCUCAAAUUUAUACAAGAAAACUCAGCCAUUUGCUAACGUGAUUGUACCAAAAGAACUUUUUUUGUAAAUUUUAGGUUUUUAAAAGAAAGAUUGUGUGUUUACUGUGAGACAUAACAUUUAAGAUUGCAUGAGAAUUGGUAAAGGUCAGGUCAUACAUCAUGCAUAUAAUAAUGCACAGCAAUUGGCAACCUGUUUCUCGAACAAAAUUUGCAGUUCAAUUCUCAGAGUUGGCUGAAAUCUGCAGUUAAAUUCUUUUGUGAUCACAAAGUGGACAGAAGUGUGAUGAUAUGACUUUGCCGUGGCCUUUUCUCUAUGGAGGAAUGCUUGCUGUCACUAUGCCCUUUCUUCUGUGGUAUAGCAAAACAUGACUGUACCGUAAAUUGUGAUUAACGCAAUUUGUUCAUCACAAGUCAUUCCUAAAGUCAUCUAAGUCACAAACUAUUCAAUGAACUGAUCUGUUGUCUCUGUUCACUCCUGUGAUUGACUGGUCAUUUUAACCACUUCCUGCCGGGGAGGCUGUUUGGCACCGUUUGUUUAUACGCGUGGCCGGGGUCUCCAAAA